GGGCUGGAGUCUGCGUCGUGCGUGGUGUGGGGUGCAGGGUGCACGCUGGGCUGCAGCCUUCUCUCCGCUCAGUUUGUCCCGUGUGUGUGUGUGUGUGUUUGGUUGGUUGGUUGUUUGCCGUACCUCUCGCUUCUCUCUUGCUGCUCGCUUCUUCCGUCACCGUGCAGGUCAGUCCAACGCCUUCAAGCGAUCAAACACUCAACAAGAGCCAUGAAGCUGAUGAGGUACAGCCUGCUGUACUUGUUGGUGGUGUUCGUCCUCUGCUGCUUCCCGUCCGUGUGCGUGACAGCGGCUGGGGGCACUUCGCCCGCCACAACGACAACGACCAUAACAGAGGCGCCUGCAUCCACAAGUACAACCACGAAUACAGCGUCCGCAGCUGCAGCUCCGAAGGCUGACAAGAAGGACGGCAGCCCCGGCGGCCUUCUCUUGGGAUGGGCACCGCUGGUGCUCGCCGCAUUCACGCUGGCGUACGCCACUGUGGGCUGA